UUGUGAGUUGUGAUUAUGAAAAAAACUAUUUCAGUUAUUUCUACGCAAUUAGAGUAUUCCAACAGAUUUUACGUUUAGAUUCGCACUAGAUUUAACGCAAAAAUGAAUAUGAACAAAAUGUUACGCUCUUGGAACAGCGAAUAUUACGUUGCCCUAGAAUGCAAAGACCUGCAAGCGAAUGCUAUGGCAGUAGAUUCUACGGGCACGUUCGUUUUAUUAGCCGGUCGAAGAUUUUUAGCUGUAACCGAUCUCGAUUCAGAUUUUGUUGUACACAAGUUCCCCAGACAAAGCAAAUACGCUGUAGGCGCUGCAGAAUGGAAUCCCACGAGUUUUCACAAGGAAUUAUGCGUUAUAUCGAGCAAUCAACGAUUGGAAGUGUUAACAUGGAGAACGGAAGAAUUGAUACAAAACUUCUCCGUCCGGGCUCACACGAGGGUGAUAACGGACUUGAACUGGCACCGGUUCGAUCCCAACAUUUUAGCUUCGUGUUCGGUGGACACUUUCAUUCAUUUGUGGGACUUGAGGGAUUCCAGAAAACCCACUUUAUCGCUAUCUGCAGUAGCGGAAGCAUCGCAAGUACGAUGGAACAAGAUCUCCCAUCAUUUGCUAGCGACAGCCCACGAAGGGGAUAUAAAAGUGUGGGAUCAGAGAAAAGGCACCGCUCCCGUUCAGUAUAUAGCCGCUCAUUUAGCUAAAAUCCACGGAUUAGAUUGGUCUCCGACUUCUGAGAAUCACAUCUGCUCGUGCAGCCAAGAUAACACUGUCAAGUUUUUCGAUACGACUAACAAUCGUAGGCCCGAAUGCGUACUGACCACUAAUGCACCAGUGUGGAGGGCCAGGUACACUCCUUUUGGUACUGGAUUGGUAACUGCAGUCGUUCCGCAGUUGAGAAGAGGAGAAAACAGCCUUUUACUAUGGAAUACCGCGAACCGUAAUACUCCGGUGCAUACAUUUGUGGGUCACAGAGAUGUCAUAUUGGAUUUCGAAUGGAAAAAGCAACAUCCGGACGAUACAGACUUUCGAUUAGUGACCUGGUCCAAAGACCAAGCGUUGUUAGUUUGGAAAAUAGACAAUUACCUUCAGAAACUGUGCGGCUUCGAACCGAUCGAAUCCAAAGAUCCAUUCAAAUCUCACGAAUACUCGGAAAACUUCAGGUUUUUCAAAAAAACAUCGCCGAAAGUCCAGCCGCUCCAACAAGAAUUCUCCCUGCUGAACAUACACAUACCGAAUUUAACGAUAUUGAAAAUGGACGCGGUGGCUCGACACGUCCUCGUCAAAGCGACUAUUAACAAUUUCGUGGCAAUUCUGAAGGUCAACUUUCCCAGCGCCUAUCCUCACGGCGUGCCCCCCGGAUUCGAGGUCGUGAAGGAAGGCUCCAACAUCGGCGAUUCGAUAGCCGCGCAACUUCUCCAAAUGCUGACGCAUCUAGCGCUGCAGAGGGUCUCGAAGAACCGAACCUGCUUGGAAUCCUGCCUGCGACAGAUGGUCACAACCCUCGAACAGCUAUCCAGCGACACGGAAAACAAACGGGUCUACACCAGACCCUACAUGGAUCCUCACAACAUAUUCAACAACAGCGACGUUUACAUCCCGUUCCCGAGAACGUCAGGCGCUAAAUUCUGCUCGGUAGGAAUGCUAGUGUGCUUCGGGCAACCGGUGCACGCCAGAAGAUUAUCGAUGAAAGCCGAUAUAUCCCCCAGGACGGUGUCUUCCACCCCCAGGGCGCUCUCGGCGCUGGAGAACACCUAUUCGAAGAGACCCGACGACUACAUGACGGUGUCGGCCUUCUACUACCAGCGACAGCGGUCCAGAGCCAAGCAGAAUUACAUGAAGUUCUCGAAGGCCAUCGUGCACAUAUACGACGCCUUGGGGCUGUUCUUUGUCAACAAGCAACUGGCCGAGGAGUACAUCCUGGACGGGGACGUGGGGACGAUUUGCAAGCACAACGCCGCCGCCGCCGCCGUGGUGGGACGAUGGGACCUCGUGCAGACUUGGACGCUGGCCGAGUUGGUCGCCGGGCCCCAGCAGGCUGACGAGGAAAACUCGUGGAGCAACCAUCCGUUCGGGAACAAAUUAAUGGAGUCUUUAAUCAGCGAUUAUGCGUCCCAACACGAUAUUCAAAUGGCAGCUAUGCUUUGUUGUAUAUUCGGUAAAGAACACGACGUAUCCGUAAGAAAGUCCUCGUUGAAAUCGUUAUUAUCUCCGGUGCAACUAGUACCUGGGAAAAAGUGGUUGAAGCCGGAAUCCUCGCCUUACCACACUAUACCCCCAGCUGACAUCGUAGCCGAUGGCUGGGUACUCCCUAUGCUUCGCACCACCCGAUCGACGUCCCUGGACAACCUCACCAUCGAAGGACCGCUCAAAAUACCCGCCCCCAAAACGGCCCCGAACUCCCUCUAUGAAUACUACAAAACGGCCUACGCGGAGACCCUGCACCGCUGGGGCCUGAUCUACCACCGCACGGAGGUGCUGAAGUUCAUGUGCGCCACGCCCGAAGUCCACAAAGGCGUGGAGUUCAUAAGCGAUUGCAAGCACUGCAUGAAACCGGCGAAGUUCGGCAGCUGCGGCUCCUGCAAGAAGCUGACCCUGAAGUGCGUGAUUUGCCACCUAUCGGUGAGAGGUUCGGCGAACACGUGCGUGCUGUGCGGCCACGGGGGCCACUCUAAGUGCAUGAAGUGGUGGCUGUCGUUCCACGACACGUGCCUGAGCGGCUGCAGGUGCAAGUGUUUGAUGCAGACGGCGGGUAUGCUGUGUCCCUAGCGUUGCGGCACGUUGACUGGCGGGCCGAGUGUGAUAAGUUCUAAUACAAUGUGAUACUGAUGCUGUUGGAAUGCCGUUGGGCGCGGGUCUUGGAAGCGUUUCUUGGCUGAUGAACGAAUCUCCGGUUUGGAUUUUAAUUAAUUGAUUAGCACAAAUGUUUACGAGCGUGUUGGUAUUGUCGAUUUUCGGAUGGUGGAUUUUGUGUUGCGGAGUCUCGAAGCGCUCUAUUUUUAAAUGUGAUUUUUAAUUGCCAAAUUUCUUCUGUUAUCUUUUGGAAAAUUCAGUAAUUUAUUUGAUAUCUGCAAUAAUUUAAAAGUACUGAACUUACGAUUACUAUCUGUAGAUACUAUUUAUUAGUAAUUUUCUUAAACGAUCUAGGGAAUUAUUACCAGGGUGAAAUUUUGUAUAAAUUUUAUUAGCACUACAUAUAGCACUGCUAUAUUGGUUCGAGUUAUCCUUACUUUUCAGUAUUUUCAUUGUAAUAAGUGUAGUUGUGUUGUUAGAAUAAGAAGAAAUAAUUUUUUAGGAACAAAAUGUUUGUACUUACACCUAAGUGCAUAAAAGUUUGCGAUAUGGUCAUUUCUAUGAGUUGAACAAAGAACGAUUACUAAAAUAACAGUUGUUAGAGUGAGAAAGUUGCAAUUAUACAAUAUCACUCUUUUUUCUUUAUAAGUAUGCACCAGUAGUCUAUAUAAUCUAUAUUGCAAACUAAAAUGGGUCAACCUGUAUAACUUUUUUAGUGACAAAUUUAAUUUAAACAGUAUACUAAAUUAAAUCCGUUUAUUUCAUUUGUUUAUUUAUUUGGUGCUUUUUUAGGAAAUGUUAACCUAAU